AUGCUCGUCGCGAACGAGGCCUCCCUCUUGGACUGGCUCGCCGCCGCGCUCGAUCCCAUGCGCGCGCCUCCUCCCUAUUGCGCUCACCCCCCGCGCGCUCGCGGCAGUUGCGGCGACGCCGAUCCGGCGGUGCUGGCCGAGUACGUGCGGGAGCUGCUGCGCAAGGAGGACAAGAGCGACGCCGAGCUGCGCGAGUACUGCCGCGACAGCCUCACCGACUUCCUCUCUGGCGAGACGGACGCGUUUGUCGAGAGCCUCUUUGACGCAAUCGCGAGCGGCGAGUACGAGCGUGCGGUGGGCACGCCGACGCAGCGCCCUGCCGGGCGGGGGAGCUCGUGCGAGAGCUGGCGGCUGAGCGAGGGUGACGCGUCCCAGCCCGACGCGGGCGAGGAGCCGCCUGCCGAGCACGACGCGGAGGAGGCGGCAAGACUCGGAGAGUGA